UGCGCAGAGCCGGCCCGCAGAGUUGUCGGCUGGGAAAUGGCGGCCGCGGGCUUGGUGGCUGUGGCAGCGGCUGCGGAGUACUCUGGCCCAGGGGCGUCCGGGGGAAACCUCUCCGGUGCUCACUGCGGCCCGAGCCCCGGCGUAGGCCCUGGUCCUGGCCCGGGCUCGUGGAGCCGCUCGGUCGACCGAGCCCUGGAGGAGGCUGCGGUCACCGGGGUGCUGAGCCUGAGCGGCCGGAAACUGAGGGAGUUUCCCCGGGGAGCGGCCAACCAUGACCUGACGGACACCACCCGGGCCGACCUGUCACGAAAUCGCCUCUCAGAAAUUCCUGUGGAAACAUGUCACUUUGUUUCUCUGGAAAGUCUUAACCUAUACCAGAAUUGUAUUCGGUAUAUCCCAGAGGCCAUUCUCAACUUACAAGCUCUGACGUUCUUGAAUAUUAGUCGGAACCAGCUGUCAACAUUGCCAGUACACUUGUGUAACCUACCGUUGAAAGUCUUAAUUGCUAGUAAUAACAAAUUGGUCUCACUUCCUGAAGAAAUUGGACAUCUCAGACAUUUGACGGAACUUGAUGUGAGCUGCAAUGAAAUUCAAACUGUACCUUCCCAAAUUGGUAAUCUGGAAGCCUUGAGAGAUUUUAAUGUAAGAAGAAAUCAUCUAAUACGCUUGCCUGAAGAGCUGGCAGAGGUGCCACUGAUCCGACUAGACUUCUCGUGCAAUAAAGUCACAGCGAUCCCGGUGUGUUACCGGUACCUCAGGCACCUCCAGGUCAUCACCCUAGAAAACAACCCGCUGCAGUCACCUCCUGCGCAGAUAUGUAUAAAAGGCAAAAUCCACAUAUUUAAAUACCUGAACAUACAAGCCUGUAAGAUUGCUCCAGAUCUGCCAGAUUUUGAAAGGAGACCCUUGGGAUUUGGCUCGUGCCAUGAAGAACUGUACUCGGGUCGUCCUUACGGAGCCCUUGACUCGGGCUUCAAUAGCGUGGAUAGUGGGGACAAGAGGUGGUCAGGAAAUGAGCCUACAGAUGAAUUUUCAGAUCUGCCUCUUCGAGUGGCAGAGAUUACUAAAGAGCAAAGACUUCGGAGAGAGAGCCAGUACCAGGAGAAUCGCAACAGUGUGGUUGUCACAAAUGGUGGAGUGGAGCAUGAUCUGGAUCAGAUUGACUACAUUGACAGCUGUACUGCAGAAGAAGAGGAGAACGAUGUGAGGCAGCCCAAAGGCUUGGACACCAGCAGUCUCAGCUCACAGUUUAUGGCCUACAUUGAACACCGGCGAAUCUCCCAUGAGGGUUCACCAGUAAAGCCAAUACCUGUUAGAGGAUUUCAAAAAACAGAAGACAUGAAAAGAUACUCACAUCAAAACAGGGUUCCAGUUGAGCCACCAUCUGUCUUAUCACUGCCACCAAGUCACAAUCGGCUUUCACAUUCAGACCUGGAGCUUCAUCAGAGGAGAGAACCGUCAGUCGAGUGCACUCGGAGAGAGGCACAGCUUGCAGCCCUGCAGUACGAGGAGGAGAAAAUAAGGACCAAGCAGAUUCAGAGAGAUGCUGUCCUGGACUUUGUCAGACAGAAAGCAUCACAAAGUCCACAGAAACAGCAACAUACUGGAGAUGGUGAGUGUCCCUUCCCAUCCCGAAGGUCUCAGCACACUGAUGAUAGUGCCUUGUUAGUGUCGCUGUCAGGGAUGGAUCAAGUAAGCUGUGUGGCAACCCUGCCUCACUCUUCUGCCUUCACACCUCUAAAGAGUGAUGACAGAGUUACCUCAAGCUUUCCUACAACAGAGACAGUCCAUCAUUCCCCUGCAUAUUCUUUUCCUGCUGCUACCCAGAGAAAUCAGUCCCAACGCCCUGAAAGCUUCCUUUUCCGAGCCGCUGUUAGGGCAGAAACUAACAAAGGUUGUGCUGCAGCUCUUCCCCUGUCUUCUGCACCUGCAGCCGAUCCCGCAGAUCCUGUGACAAGACAGCGAGAAGAGGAGCUGAAGUUAAUAGACCAGCUGCGCAAACAUAUUGAGUACCGGUUAAAAGUAUCUCUGCCCUGUGAUCUUGGAGCGGCUCUAACUGAUGGUGUUGUACUUUGCCACUUAGCCAAUCAUGUUCGGCCUCGAUCUGUCCCAAGCAUUCAUGUCCCAUCUCCAGCCGUGCCUAAAUUAACAAUGGCAAAAUGCAGGAGAAAUGUGGAGAACUUCCUGGAUGCUUGCAGAAAAAUCGGCGUCCCUCAGGAGCAAUUAUGUUUGCCUCUGCACAUUUUAGAGGAGAAAGGAUUGAGCCAGGUUGCGGUGACUGUCCAGGCCCUCCUGGAGCUUGCCCCACCCAAGCAGCCGCAGCCGCAGCAGCAGCAGCAGCCGCAGCCACCGCCACAGCUCUCUGCUGUCUGAGGACUCCUAGGCCCUGGGUGGUGUUGGCACAGCCAAAACAGGGAGCGGGAGGAUGCGGUUGCUGGCGCCGUCUGCUCAGAUGGAGCCCUGUGUGUUCCUAGACGCGGUCUUCACGAUUCCUGCCUGGAAUGUUUGCUUCACUUCUCCAUUUUAGGGGAGAUUAAACCCAUUUCCACUAGUUUUUGUUUUUAAUGAAGACACAAUUUUCUUAAGUGGAACUUUGAUUACUGAGGACCCAACAUGGAAGCCUAGGCUGGCUGUGCCUUCUUCGUGGGGAGCAGGCUCAUUUUUCAUGCCAGAGCCAGCAGCUUCGAAGCCGGGUGUUUAGCUCUCUCCGAAGACAGACAUGCCAUUAUCUUUCCCAAUUCCCUGGAUGUCUACAGCUCACUGGUUUCCACAGUUGGGCUUCAUUCUCCUGGAGCAUUUGUGAAAUCCAGAUUUGCAUCAAAGUUUUGGCUGUGGCCUGGGAACCUGCAUUUUGAGCAGACAUUGUAGUUGUUCUCAGGCAGUAGAGAGCACUGUUCCAAGACACAUAGUUAUGUGGUUUGAGGUCCUGCCCUGCUGCGUUUUCAACUGCAUUUACAUCAAAGGCUGUAUUAUGAUGACUUGGACAGUUCUGUCAAAGAAAACAAAAAUAACAGAGAAGCCCUCGGUUUUGCACAAUAUAACAGGUAUUUAAAACAACGUCCAGGCCUCUCCCCAGCCCUGCCCACGACCACCCCAUCUUUUUCUAGAGGGUGGUUCUGUGCAUCACCCUGCUAUUUCCUAAACACAGAGACACACUCCACACACAGGUCUAAGCUAUAAGGUAUAACGUUCUCAACAGUAUUUGCAUGUGACCCAGUGAGCCAUGCUGAUCCCGGGCACCUGAGCCAGGCACGGCAGGAGAGCCACACUCUUACAUCCUCUCUCCCCCAGCUCCUCCCCCACACCCGCUGCCUGUGCCUUACUGCACAGCUGUGCGCAGGGAACAAAAGGGCCCGGGGCCCAGCACAGCGUGGGCAUCUGUAGUUAACCUAAGCACAGAGUUUCCUCCCCAGAGUUUGCGUGCCUUUAGUUGUUAGCUGUCUUUGGUGUCCAAUGGGCAGGUAGAGUGAUUCCAUGAAGCCGUUUAAUAGGGCUGUCUGUAUAGGCCUUCACUUUUGUGGUUUUUCCUCCCAAGGCUUGCAUUUGAGAACAGUAUUUCCCCUGUACAGCAUCUAAAAGCAAUAGCUUUGAUACUGGACCAUGGUUCCAUCCCCAGCACCACCUAAAGUUAGGUGCAGAGAGGCACACGAGCCUGUAAUUCCAAACAUUCCAAAAGUGGAAGCUGGGUGGUCAGGAUUUGGCAGGAUGCUAGGUAACUGCAGCCACCUGGGCUGUAGUAGACUGUUCUGAAGAGCUGCUUCAGCAGUGGAGAGCCCUGGCUGCUCCUGCAGAGGGCCAGGGUUCAAUCCCCAGCACCCACAUGGCAGUUCAUAACUGAUGCCCUCCAAUGACUUCCUCAGGUACCAGGCGUGUACAUGGUACACAUACAUACAUGAAGAUGAAACACUCAUACAUGUAAAAAUAUUUUUUUAAACAUCCUUCCUCUAAAAGUGACUUUGAACAAAAUCAUUUUAAGUGUCUAGUGAAAAAUAAUUUCUCCUUGUUUGUUCAGAGAGGUUUUUAUUAGAACAUUGCUACUUUAUCCAAGUUUAGAAGCAUGUAACAGUAGCCGGGCAUGGUGGCACAGGCCUGUAACUCAGGAGGCUAGGGCAGGAGGAUCGUGAAUUUGAGGCCAGCCUAGGCUACACUACAAGACCUUAUCUCAAGGAAAGGUAGGUAAGUCUAUGAAGAGCACCUGGACUCCCGCCCAGCCCUGCAGGCUCUUCCCAGAACAGACGCAGCAAGGCUUGUUCACCACCAGCUGGGCUGCUGCGCUGGCACACACUUGCCUUCUAGUCCACAUUAAACCUCAGCAUAAUAGAAUAGAAUUUCCACAUUCUAGAUCUUAAUAUUGGGUAGAAAAUGAGUCCAGAAGACGUUACCUAAUACAACACCUUAAUUAUUAGGAAACAUUUGCACAGUUUGGGCUGAGGUUGUUACAGGUCUUCUGAGUCAGCAUAUAACAACAAUUCAGGUUUUCUGUUGGUCUUUUUGUGACUUCAUAUGUCUGUUUCUAAAGUGAAGAACAAUUCAUUUUGAUAUUUAACCUUGCUAGAGACCCCAGUGUAGGAUAGUCAGCCUUGUCAUAGUCCCCUAACCAGAAUUGGCUACCUUACCAGUGCUGACGAUGGACAAGCCAGGCGCCUGCCCAGCCCUACCCUGCCCAGCCCUACAGAGAUGUCAUGUCAGCAGUCUCCAGGCUCUCAGAGGCAUCUCUGCCUCGCACUCCGACCAGGAUCCUCCUGUAAUGAGCAGGUCUGAGGGACUCACGGAGGAACCCUUGUAUCUGGCUAGAGCAGACUAGAAAAGUUGGAUCAGUGGGUGGUUUCCAACCCAGCCGCUCUGUAAAUACACCCUUGCAGCUCAUCAAGGAGCCUGUAAUCUGGUUUCCUCUAGUCAGCAGUGACUAACAACGUGCUAUGCUGAUGAGUCUGAAGAGCUAAGUAUUUAGAUGGUUGUAGAAAUGAAGGAAAACUCGUUGUGUAGAAGCCUUUUGUAUACACAUUGCAGUGAGGUGCUUACAGCAGAUUUGACUUCUGAAAUGUUACACACAUGUAAUUAGUAAAAGGUUUUGUAAACAUUGUCCUAUAUUUGUAUGUCUGUAAAUACACUGUGUAAGUUUUAAGUAUAAAUAUGUCGAUACUGUGUAUGUUAUUUUAAGUUGCCUGUAUGCCAUCUUAUAUGUGGACAUUAAAAUAAAAGCCAAUACAUCAGCAGCAUGUAAUAAAUAAACACUUGCAAAUGUU